AGGGUGGAGGAGUGGAGGAACAGGUGAUAUUUAAGCCACGGGUAAACUCUCCUCAUCCAUCUCUGCUUUGGCUCUGUCCUCUUGCUGCUCUUUAAAGACAAAGGAAGGCCCUCAAUCAACACUCAGUCUCUCCACGAGUCCAGCACGAGACGCUCCAAGAUGCCGGACACAAUCAUGUCCAAGGAGCCCAGUUCCAACCUGGAGAGCGCCAUGCAGAUGCUCAUAAAAACCUUCCACAAGUACUCGGGGAAGGAAGGUGACAAGUACACCCUGAGCCGGGGCGAGCUAAAGGAGCUGCUGCUAGAGGAGCUGGGGAGUUACCUGGGGAGCUCCAAAGAUAACGAAGCAGUGGAGAAGGUGAUGAACGACCUGGACGCCAACAACGACGGAGAAGUGGACUUCACAGAGUUCAUCAUCCUGAUGGGCGCUCUCACGGUGGCCUGCAACGACUUCUUCCUGGAGUACAAAACAGACGACAAGAAAGAUGACUCUGCACAGAAGUAAUUGAAAAUGUGCAAGAUAAGCUGGGGAAGUGAAAGAUGAAGAGGAGGGGACUGAAUUGCAUCUCCGAAGGCUUUUUCCCCGUUUAUUACCCAAUCUCUAAACUCUACAUUCUCAAAUAAGUUUAAAAAAAAAAACAGCUAAUUUGUAGGUUCACAAAACAUGGGGAAUUCAGUGGGAGGACUGUUUUACUUCUGCAACCGUCAUUCAUACCCAGACUAAUCCGGACUGAGUUCCACUGAGAGGCUUAACGUAAACAACGGGCCACAUUUCUGCAGCUUCCCACUCAGACUCAGCUAUAUGUUCAUGGUAGCCUUAAGGAGGGAUUGGAAAGAAAUUAAGAUUUUCAGAAAUGAGCAUUUCUUGCACGUGAAUAAUUUGUGAACACAUAUAAAGUUUCAAAUUAUAGUAUUGUAUGUACUCAGUGUUGGAAAAAUAGGAGAUCUUACACCUAUUUUGUAACCUUUUACAGAAAUAACCAGUGCUUCAACAAAUAAACAUGACAUUUAACCAGUAAUUGUUACCUUUUUAUUUUUAUUUUCUUAAUGUAAUCUCUAACUCUCUUACUAGACUGUUGUGUGGGAUGCUAAUUAAAUUAGGAAAUAAGAGUAAAUACUUUUUUAUCAGCCUAUUCACUGUUUAUUUUGCUACAUGUACUCUAAAAAACAAAAUGUUGACUUUACUUAACAAGUUAUGUUAAUUAAUUCAAAUUAUUCUAGUUGCUUAAAUGUAAAGAGCAACUUACGUUUACUUUUAACAUAAUGUAGGUUCAGUGGAACCAGUUGACGUAACGUGGUUAAGUAAAUUCAACAUUUAAUUUCUUACAGUGUAGAUCUGUAUGAAUAUUUGGAUUUUAGAUUAAUCACAUCAGAAGAUCAUCAUGUUUCUGAAAGGAGAUGAAAAUAACAACACAGUAUUAAAUGUAUUAACUAAACAGCCGAGGUUUUCAGAAAUAAAACGGUUCGCAAAAUCUGUUUUGGUCUUUUUAACUAGCUGUUAGCUUGUCAGUCCUAUGAGAACGUAUCUGUUUAUCAUUCACAACCUUUCCACAGUUCCACAUUUCAAAGAAUUAGAUCUAUAUUUUGAAUAAGCUGUUUGUUGACACCAGAACAACAAAAAUAAAGCCUGUUGUACACUUACAGCUAGCUUUAGCACUCCUGGUGUAGUCCAUUUUAAAAAGAUUGA